CACACAUGCAUCCAUCAUCCCCACAACAAUCAUGCCAUAUUUAUAUCUCCACAUACAUACAUAACAUCACACAUACGCAUAUCCAACCCCGCUUGCCUCUCCUCCCUCCCUCUCCGCCUCAUAUAUAUAGAUCCUUGCCUCCAAUUUCACUCUUCGAAUUAACAACCAACUACUUCGAAUCGAAAUCCAAACCCUAACGUUCCAAUUCCAAUAUGGGCGAGAAGAAGGACGACGCUCCCCCCACUGUCGUUUUCAAGCUCGAUAUGCAUUGCGAUGGCUGCGCCAAGAAGGUUAAAAAGGCCGUCCGCCAUUUCCCUGGUGUGGAAGACGUCAGGGCCGAUGUGUCCGCCAAUAAACUGACGGUGAUCGGUAAAGUAGACCCCGCUAAGGUGCGGGAGGAUCUGGCCGAGAAAAUCAAGAAGAAGGUGGAGAUCGCUUCCCCUCAACUUAAGAAAGACGCCGGCGGAGAUAAAACAGACGAGAAACCGGAGAAGAAGGCCGACGAGAAGAAGUCCGGUGAGAAAAAAGACCAAGAUAAAAGCCGAAAGAGUACGGUGGUUUUGAAGAUCAGAUUGCAUUGCGAUGGUUGCAUCCAGAAAAUUCGAAAGAUCGUACUCAGGUUCAAAGGAGUUGAAUCGGUGAACAUAGAUGCAGGCAAGGACCUGGUAACCGUGAAGGGGGCGAUGGACGUGAAAGAAAUGACGCCGUACCUGAAGGGGAAGCUGAACCGAAACGUGGAGGUGGUCCCACCCAAGAAAGACGACGAGAAGAAAGACAAAGGUGAAGCGAAAACCGGUGGCGGCGGCGGAGACGGAGGCAAGAAGAAAGAGGACGCGCCGAAGGUGGAAGUUAACAAGAUGGAGUACUACGGUUACCCACCGCCACCGCCGAUGUACUGGUACGGCGGAAACUAUCAACCUGGGGAAACCAGCAACGCCAUGGAAUAUCACGGAGGAGGAGGGUACCCGAACCAUCCAGGUCCCGGGUACCCAAACCUGGGGUACGCGACACCUUACCACUUGAACCCUCACGCGCCGCACCCUCAGAUGUUCAGCGACGAGAAUCCCAAUGCUUGUUCCGUCAUGUGAUUGUGAUCCUCCAUUCCUCUACACAAACGUAGAGGCUGUCCUCUCUAAUUGUACAUAGAAAAGCGUAGCAAAUGAGGUAAAGGGCCUUAGGCGGUUUAAAAUUCGUAGAAUAAAUUAAUAAUUGGUGGAUUUUUGUCCUUUUUUUUUUUUUGUAAUGUCGACUGGAUUAUUUAGAUAGGCAGAGUUAGGACUUAGGAGGAUGGGCCGGCGGCGGCCGGGGAUAUUCUGGUCCAUAAAAAACAAUUGUAUUGUUUUUUUUUUUUGUUCGUUUGCGUUUGAUUUUGAUAUUCUCAUGUACUGCAGUAUAUAAUAUGAAGAAUUUCAAGCUACUCUCGAGGUAGCAGGGGGUACAACGUACAUGUUACCUGCCA